CUUCGUUUGUCGUCGACGUUCCACGAGCAAUUUCAUGAAUACAAGUUCGUGCAUAAGACAAAAUCUGAUCCCCCCUUGUCUCUGCAACGAAGCAUCGCGUACAUCAAGACUACUUCGUACAACAUCGAGACAAGUGCAUGACUGUCAGGAUAGACUGGACCAUUUCGUGCUUUUAGAUCUUCCUCUAUGCUGGCUAUGUCGUUCAUUGGCCGAAGCAACUCGUUCUGUCGUCAUGCUUUAGCGAUCGACCGACAUUGUGAUUGUUGCGAUCAGUUUGGUUUCCCAUCCCGACUUAGUUCAGGACCACUGCUUAUUUGUUUCCAGUUUCAGAUCUUCUUGUUUUUAAGUUCUACUUCUGGCGGCGUGAUAAGGCUAACGAAAAGCAGCAACUACGAGAUCAUGAUCAUGAUAUCUGUGAAGGCGAUCUGCAUCAUCGUAGGUGUCCACCUCCUGCAUUUUUUCCUAGAAGAUUUCCUCAAUGUUUUUCAACUCCAGAGAUUUGCUUCUGCAGUGAAGAUCUUGCACAGGAAGAACGAGGGACGAAAGCAAGACCACAAUGUUGCCACACAACGAACUGCCGUGCAUCAUCUUAGCGUCUCGCCCGGCGAACAGCGAGAUACUAAGAGCCGGACGGAGCAAUCCGAAAGCUCACCUGCGCCAAACUAUGAAAAUGGAAAGGCUACUUUGUCUUCGCACUCCCUCCUCGCGCGGGGUCGGAGUGGUGGUGCGGGAAGAAUUGCGCGCGGUAGUCUGCUGGAACAGAAGAAGAAAACCAAACGUGGUACUUCUUCAUCUGAACAAGCAGUAGCUUCUGAACACGCGAAAACGACAAGCGCAGUGAGUGUUCUUGCAGCGGCAAAAAAGCGUGCUGAGGAGGGGGAGCCAGAGCUGAACAUUCCCGAAGUCCUUCAUUUCCCAGAGGGGACGAAGCAUGUUGUGGAAGAAAGCGAAGAAGAUUUGGUCACUGACAGAACAACAACCCCCACUCCACCCGCAACGAACCUCACAAUGAUCCCUGAAGGUCUUCCCGAAAAACAGCGAGAGGAACAAGACAACAACCUUCACGAUGACAUCGCGAAACUGCAGGAAGGCGGGGAUUUCGCGGAGCAAGCCAGGCUCAGCGCGUCCAUGUGUUACCACGUUAUUCUCCCGCUCCACGACAUGACGCGGCAUUUCGGAUACAUCCACAGCAAGCAAUUACCCGGGCUGUUUACGAAGGAGGAAGCAGAAUUUCUCCGGGAAGAGGCGGAGAUUGACAACGCUUACAACUUAUGGAUUGCAAAAAUGUCUGGGUCUGGAAAAAUGCAACUUGUGAUGCUGCAUUCGGAUUCCAAAAAAAUCUGUAUUGCAUGAUCAGCAAGGGGAAUGCGAUUCUUGCUACCCGGAGAGGGCAUUUGUCAUGCGGAAUAGGCAUCAAGAUGCCCUCAAAACAUCUGUGAUGCUAGGGCAGGCAUCACAGACAUCAUGGCGCAUGCAAAACGUGCAUCACAAGUCUCAGAAUCUUCCAGACCCAGACAUUUUUACAUUUGAUACACCUUCCAAAACAAGCACCUCGGCGACAGGGUCGCCUACCCCUGGUUGGUUUACUGUUUACCGGAGGGGAGUUUGGUGUUUGCGAAUGACCCGUUGGGCGAAGAUCCACCGCGGAUCCGGUUUGCGCCAGAUUUGGAUAGGGAAAAGGGGAAGAGCGAGCAGAAAGUUUUGAAAACAUCAAUCGGUGGAACAGGAGGGAGUAGUGCUGCUGCGGUUUACAAAAUGAUGGGAGGUGGAAAUGAUGGUGUUGAAGGAGCUAAAGCCUCUACUUCUUCUUUUCUACAGCAAGCGGUGGCCGCGAGUUCUGAUGCUGAUCAAGCUGUGGAACUUGCACAGAUGACCAACAUGACGGAUCAUGAGCAAGGUGCUGGCCGCACGACCGUGGAGCCGGUUGCAGAUGACAUCGACGCAGCCACAACAGGCGAAGAAGAACAGCCGCAAAACCGCACCGCUCCAGCUGAUGCUCCCGCUGAUGUCAAGACGGAGGAAAAGAUUUUUUACACGCGUAAGAACUUUUUUAGCGGCGAAAACGAGAAGUAUGCGAACUCGAUCGGACAGUUUUGGGAGGAUUUGGUCGACGAGAAGAUGCGAGAAAUCAACGCGGUGGCGUUUGGGGGGAGUAACAACAAAGUUUACUACUACGCCGUGUACGGAAAGGUCGGCGUGCACGAGAAAACGCAGGCGAAGCUGCAAGCUAGUUUCGCGCCCGCCAUGCCGGAGGCGCCGCCGCUUCGUGCCGUGGAGGGGGUCGAAAAUGGUGGUGCCGGUGGAUCUGGUGUUGCUAUGAACACAACUUUGUCAGAUGCCUUGAAAAAUGCAGCGAAGGAGGUGGAGAACAAGACGGAACUCGAUUUGGGGCUGCCGGAGUGUUGUUAGAAAGCGUCUAAGGGACGAAUUUUUGUUCAUCGACGAGGAAGAAAAUUACCGUGUUUCUAUUGCAUCUUGAGUCAUUUUUCUGUUUGGGUUUCUGAACUGAGCAACCCUAUCUUGACACCUAGUGUAUGAUCUUGACUUCUUUCCUCGUACUUUACGCAGUUUAGUUUUCAUAUUCAUCACCCCAUUUCUGGACCGAGAAGUCCCAUGGAGAAACCACGCACCCAUUUUCACUGAUUGUUCCCGUAUUGCUUUUUUUCAAUGUAGUGUCGCACAACCUGCUCUCCUCUACUACCUAUGCUUACCCAUUGUAUCAGUCUAUGCAUAUCUUCAAGAACCCCAUGCCCACCCACCUGUGACGAAGGAGUUGAUUGAAUGUUAGUGUAACCCACAAGUGAAAGAAGUAAGUGAAACAUAUUCACAACUUGCAAUUUUUUCCCUG